UUUGAGUUCUAGUCUCAGCCCUGACAUUAUUUCUUUCUCUACAAAGAGUGUUAGGAAGUUAUGGGGAGCUCACAAAGGCUCCUCAUCGUUUAUUCUUAACACCUUGUUUCUGUGUUCCUCGGGAAUGUCACUGAGCUUAUACAUCUGGUCUCUGGGAGCUGCAGUGGAUGGGCAUUUGUGACAGCACUAUGGGACUGAGUCACACUCUCCUUGUGAUGGCCCUCCUGCUCUCUGGUGUUUCUUCCAUGAAGAGUCAAGCAUAUUUCAACAAGACUGGAGAACUGCCAUGCCAUUUUACAAACUCUCAAAACAUAAGCCUGGAUGAGCUGGUAGUAUUUUGGCAGGACCAGGAUAAGCUGGUUCUGUAUGAGAUAUUCAGAGGCAAAGAGAACCCUCAAAAUGUUCAUCUCAAAUAUAAGGGCCGUACAAGCUUUGACAAGGACAACUGGACCCUGAGACUCCACAAUGUUCAGAUCAAGGACAAGGGCACAUAUCACUGUUUCAUUCAUUAUAAAGGGCCCAAAGGACUAGUUCCCAUGCACCAAAUGAGUUCUGACCUAUCAGUGCUUGCUAACUUCAGUCAACCUGAAAUAACAGUAACUUCUAAUAGAACAGAAAAUUCUGGCAUCAUAAAUUUGACCUGCUCAUCUAUACAAGGUUACCCAGAACCUAAGGAGAUGUAUUUUCAGCUAAACACUGAGAAUUCAACUACUAAGUAUGAUACUGUCAUGAAGAAAUCUCAAAAUAAUGUGACAGAACUGUACAACGUUUCUAUCAGCUUGCCUUUUUCAGUCCCUGAAGCACACAAUGUGAGCGUCUUUUGUGCCCUGAAACUGGAGACACUGGAGAUGCUGCUCUCCCUACCUUUCAAUAUAGAUGCACAACCUAAGGAUAAAGACCCUGAACAAGGCCACUUCCUCUGGAUUGCGGCUGUACUUGUAAUGUUUGUUGUUUUUUGUGGGAUGGUGUCCUUUAAAACACUAAGGAAAAGGAAGAAGAAGCAGCCUGGCCCCUCUCAUGAAUGUGAAACCAUCAAAAGGGAGAGAAAAGAGAGCAAACAGACCAACGAAAGAGUACCAUACCACGUACCUGAGAGAUCUGAUGAAGCCCAGUGUGUUAACAUUUUGAAGACAGCCUCAGGCGACAAAAGUACUACACAUUUUUAAUUAAAGAAUAAAGUCCAUAUAACUGUCCAUUGUUUAUAUGCCUUUCCCUUCAAGUUUUGGGCUUACCUUUUUUUGUCUAUUAAUAUUAUUAUUACCAUUAAUAAUAGUGGAGGUUCCAGGACUCCAUCUGAGAAAGCCACCCUGUAAUGCCAGCUCUGCUCCCUACCUCAGGAGCAGACCUUAACUGCUUCUUUUCAUUUCAGAGCAAAUUUGUGCGCCAAGCUCACCUGACUGGCUCCUGGCUCAGGAAUAAUGUUUAAGACUAACACCUCCUGUUUCACAUUCAGCCUUCUUUUCUUAAUUUUAUAAAUUGCGUUUUACGUAGAACUCCCAAUUACUGGAAUAAUGGCUUUUAUCUAUGAUAAUUCUAAGGUAGUGCCUCAUUCUAUCUUGUAUAUUUGUGACUGAAUAACUACCUCUUCAGUCUUGUGGGAGUUAUAUAUUUUAUGGCUUUUAUAGUAUUGCUAUUAAUAUCUUGAAACAUAAAGAGAUGUGUACUAUAAUAAUGUAAUUACUAUGCCCUGAGAAAAUCACUGCUGAGGAGCUCUUGUCCCUCUGUGAAGAUCAGUAGGAAAAUGGUGGCUUGGCGUGCUGACAAUGAUGAGCAGACCAACUCAAAAUUUGGAAAAUUAAGAACAAUGAAGAUGGAAUCAGCUCUGGAUCCUGGAUCCACUUCUAUCUGGGCCCUUGCUAACCUGAGAAGGAUCCGCCUGCGGAACAAGCUAUAGAUAAGCCUUAGCAGAGAACACUGGGUCAAGCACUGCACAUUGUGAACCCACUUCUCUUCUUGAAAGAAAUGACUGAGAUGAUGGUCCAGAGCAACUAUGCAAGAGCCAACUGAGAGAUCACAACACUCAAAAGAGAAAAAAAAUGAAAGAUCUUGACAACAGAGAUGCACAUGAAUGUCCUGUCUGUCCAGUCCUCUGACAAACCUUGGGAUUAGCAACAGGUAGACAGUCUGUCCAAAAGGACUUAAGACAGACAGCAGCUUCCAUGGUGGUUGGUGAAAAGUUUGGAUAAUAAUCAAGUUAUUGUGAUGUUUCAUCUGGCUGCAGGCAGAGCAGGGAAGGAAGAGCUAUCAUCUUGAUAAUGGGAUAAAUGGAAGGAAGCUUAGGACUCUUUCAACUUACUUCUGAGACACAAAGAGCUAGAGUGGAAUCAGGAGGACCAAGAUGUAAAUCAUCUAAAGGCCAACUUAGCUGGCAGGUGCCCUAGGGAGAGAUCAGCUGGCCAAGAGCAGAGGUGGCAAAUUUAUAUCUGAGGACUGUCUAUAUGUCAUUAUAAAUGAUGGGGAAACUGGGUACAACGAGAGGACUAUACUAGCCCAGUAGAGAUGAGUCAGAUGACCCUGGCUCUAAAGCAGCAUCACUAAGGGACAAGGCAGCCUCAGUCCAAACCAAGAGAGAACUUUGGGAGGCCCAACCCACAGAAAUAUUUCUUCUUAUUCUACAUAAAGGAAUCUAGAAGGUUGUAGACAGCUGUACUAGCCAUGCUUGUCCUUGUAAUAUUACCAUUUGUGUGUUCUUCCCUGCAUUUGCUUCAUUAGGCCAUAAGCAUCUUGUUGGUUUCUAACAUGUUUCGUAUAGUGAGUUCUUAAUAAAUUUUUCUUAAAUUGA